AAGAGUUUCCCAUGAUUCCGUAGUUUGUAGUUCAGAGCAGCUUGCCAGCUAGGCUACCUAGCGAGCUACAAAAUAGUGGUGUCUCUGUACAAGAGGUAAGUUAUCUUGUUCUGUUGACAGUUUAAACAUAUCAAAGAAUAAGUAGCAUUUACAAUGUUGUUUAUGCAGUUGUUUGUAAUAUCCUUCUAACUCCCAAACCCAGUCAUUUUUUGUAAAUCACGUUAGCACAGUUAGCUUGUCUCCAAAGCUAGCCUACUCUACAGGCAGCAGUUCGGUUCGCUGCCUCAACAUGUUUCAGUUAUGAACGCUGUGUUUGACAUAACAUUCAGAAUUAAUGUAUUUUUCAGACUUACUGCAUGUACUUGUUAAAAGAAACGAGCAAAGAUGCAGAGUGUCCGAUAAUGCACACAGCGUAGAAGCUAGUUAGCGUGUCACGCUUCGGGGCGCGACAUUCAAACACAACCGUGGACGACGACGUUAACCUCCAGAGUAGCCAUUACCCUCAAUGUGUGUUUUUUUCCCCGUUACAAUUAUUAGGAAUUAAAAACUCGCAGUUGGAACAGUUUUAUUUCUCUAAUUAAAGACACUUAUUGUGAGCUUUCUUGUUUUCUAACUCUUGACAGUCCGUAUUAAUCCAGAGGCUUGUGAAGUGGCCGUGACCAGGUUCAGAGCAGAGUUGGUCUAAUUGUAAUCACAGACUCUUGUAUCCAUAAUAGCAGCUGCUGCCGGGGAAACGAGCGAAAUAAUCACUUGAGACCGAUUCCGGGCUGAGAGCUGAUUGGGACAAGAGGCUUUAGGGACUCGAAGCCACCAUGGUUACUGACAACAAGACGUGAAGCUGAAGCCAGUUUGUUCACCGUUGAACUGCGUAAAGACUCACACAGACCGCGGUGAAGUUGUGCCGCUUCAUUCCCCGCUAGUUUACUGUCGGGUUUUGCACCUGCCGCAGGUGAGAUGGCCUCGCGCGGCCAGCCGGCCUCUCUGGUCGCCAACCUCGUGCCGGGGAUGGGGAAGUCUGCAGCCGCGCUGGGGCUGUCCGCCGGGCUGGGGGGAGCGGAGCUGGAGCUGCAGAAGAUGCUCAUCGACGAGAGGAUCAAGAGUGAAAACCACCGGAGCAACUACCAGACCCUGAAGGCUGAGCACACCAGCCUGCAGACGCAGUUCACUCAGGCGCAGGGGGAAGUGAGGCGCCUGCUGAGCGAGAAACAGAGCGAGCAGGAGAGGCUGCAGCUGCUGCUGGCCGAGCUGCGGGGAGAGCUGCUGGACAAGACCCGGGAGCUGGAGGGGCUGCGCCUGCAGGUGAUGACCCCUCAGCGGCUGGAGCUCCUCAGAGCUCAGGUGCAGCAGGAGAUGGAGGCUCCGGUGAGGGAGAGGUUCAACAAGCUGGAGGAGGAGACGGAGAAGUAUCGGUCCGAGUACAACAAGCUGCGCUACGACUUCACCGUGGUCAAGUCCCAGCUGGAGCACCAGAGGGAGGAGCACAGCCGCACCCUGGAGGACAGGAGGAUCCUCCAUCAGGCCGAGGUCGCCCGGCUGGAGAAGGAGCGGGAGGAGCUGGUGGCGCAGUAUCAGGACUCAGAGGCCAUGUGUGACGGGAAGCGGGUGGAGGCUCUGCUCAGAGAGAAGGCCCAGCUCCACCAGAGGCUCAAAGGCCUGGAGGCGGAGGUGGCCGAGCUCAGAGCCCAGAGGGAUUCCUCUGGCCAGCAGGCUGAGAGCGUGCAGCGCAUCCAGAUCAGACAGCUGACGGAGCUGCAGUCUGCAGUCAAGUCACAAGAGGCGGAGCGUCAGUCGCUACGGCAACAGCUGGACAGGAUGGAGAGCGAGCUCCAGCAGAGCCUCGAGCAGAACGGCCAGCUGACUGGGAGGCUGCACCGCGCUGAGAGGGAGGCCAGCGCUCUGACCGCUCAGAUCGACAGCCUGAAGCAUUCACACAAGCUGGAGCUGGCCAGCGUCAGGCUGGACUGUGCUCGCUCCAAAGGAGACAUGGAGAGGGAGAGGGACGCACUGCAGGGACAGGUGGACGGUCUGCAGGCAGAUGUUGAGGUGCUGAACGCGGCGCUGGAGCGAAACAAGGAGGUUGUGUUGGAAAAAGAGAGAGAGAUGGUGAGGAAGGUGCAGUCGGCCCGAGAGGAGGAGUUCCACAAGAUGGCCACCUUACACGAGGAGAGGCUGGAGUUGGAGAACCGCCUGGCAGUGUUGGAACAGCAGAGGGCGCUGCAGGACUCGUCGGAUCAGGCGCUGAAGGAGGAGUUGGAGGAACGACUGCGCAGUGCUGAGCAGUCAGAGGAGUCGCUCUGCAGAGAGCUGCAGAACCUCAGAAACAAACUGCAGCAGCAGAGUUCACAGCUAGAGGCGCUAGAGAGACAGAAAGCAGAGAUUAAUGACCUGCAGCAGGUGAGUCUGCAUCCGUUUGCUCUUUUCUCUGUUUCUUGUUUCAAUGGAUUUGAUUUCUAUCCUGAAUCUUCUUUGAAACAACAGCAGAACCAAGACCUCGGCGUCCAGCUGGGGGCGCUGUCGCGCUCCGAAGGCGAGCUGACAGACGCCAACCAGAGACUGAGGGAGACUCUGGACAGAGUGAGGGAGGAGGCGCGGGCGACCCGGGCCCAGGCGGAGCGGAGCCAGCAUGAGGCAGAGAGGAUGGUGGAGGAUCGGCGGGUCGAGUGGUUGGAGGACAAACACCGGCUGCAGGAGCGAGAAGCGGAGCUGCAGCAGAAAUACUCUCAGGCUAAAGAGAAGCUGCAGAGAGCAGCAGUGGCUCAGAAGAAGAGGAAACAUCAGACGGAGAACAGAGAGAAGAAGCUGCACAACAAGAUCCAGCUGCUGGAGGCUAAAAUCGAACAGCUGGAGCUGGAAGCUGCUGCUGCCACAAAGAGGUGGAUGUCGCUCCAUCAUGUCUGCAGCUCCUCUGUCACACGUCACUUCUUAUCAAUAUUUUAUUCUUCCAGACGGUCAACGUUCUCAGAGGAGCAGGCGCAGCUGAGGCGGAGGCUGAAGGAGCUGCAGCGACGACACGAUGAGUUCCGCUGCCUCCUGCUGAGCGGUCAGGGCCCCGCCCUCAUGACCUCCGCGCUCUCCCUCGGGGUCGAAGGGCAACUGGCUGCUGACCCGGAGGGAGAGUUCUCUCUGCUGCAGAGGAGACUGGAGAGUCUGGAGAACGCUCAGCAGCAGCAGCUGGAGGAACUGGGAUCACUGGUGCAAAAGGAGCACGAUGAACCUCCCAAACAUGACCCCCUGACCCCUGACCCUGUCACUUUGGACUUAUAAAUAUUUUGUAAUCAGACGGUGCUUUUCAAGUCAAGUGAAUGAAAAUGGUUUGCAGAGAUGUAUUUUUCUAAAAGUGAA